UCACCAAAGUGAAACCUUAAUUGGCUAAACUAAAAUUCAAAAAGAAACAACUUAAAAUGGGUUUCCAUUACCAAGUUCUUCUUGCCGCGGUGGCACUCGUCUCCCUGGUUGGGCUAGGUCAGGCUGGAUUACGGGAAGUUCACGACGUGUCCCAGUUGACAGGACAACAGGCAAACAAGGCGAAAUUCUCAACGGAUGUGGCCACCGACAAGUAUACACCACCCGAGGAGAUGGACCCUAAAUUUUGGUAUGAUUUGGCCUACGAGGAGAUUGCCAAGCGUUUGGAAUUACCUCAGCCAAAUGCAAAGAAGGCCAAGAAUAUAAUCAUGUUCCUGGGUGAUGGCAUGUCUCUGUCCACCGUGGCCGCAGCGAGAAUUCUAAAGGGACAACGUCAAGGAAAUACUGGUGAAGAGUCCUCUCUGAGUUUCGAGACAUUCCCCUACACCGGCUUGAGUCGGACCUACUGCUCCAAUGCCCAAGUACCGGAUUCUGCUUGCACAGCCACCGCUUACUUGUGCGGUGUCAAGACGAACAUCAUCGAAAUCGGGGUUAGCGCUGCUGUCACCUACAACAACUGCACCCAAAGUCAGGAUCCAGCCAAUCGCCUUACCUCGAUUGCAGAGUGGGCUCAGAAUGCUGGCAAGUCAACGGGCAUUGUGACAACUACGACUCUGACCCAUGCCAGUCCUUCGGGUGCCUAUGCCAAGACCGCGAAUCGCAUGUGGCAAUGCGAUACGGAUGUGACCAGUUAUGGAGUCGAUUCUAGCACCUGCAUUGACAUGGCCACUCAGUUGGUUACCCAAACACCGGGAAAGAACUUUGACAUCAUGUUUGGCGGCGGCAUGGGCAAGUUCCUGCCAAAGACCAUUAACGACUCCCAUGGCAAAGCUGGAGAACGUUCCGAUGGCGUCAAUUUGCUCUCGAAGUGGCAGGCUCAACACACUGGAGGAGUCCUGGUGACCAAUCGCAAGCAGUUGUUGAGUGUCAAUGUAUCCGCUGUCUCCAGCAUAAUCGGACUCUUUGAAUCGUCGCUGAUGAACUUCCAUUUGAAAGCCGAUGAAACCUAUCAGCCCACCCUCUCCGAGUUGACAGAGGUGGCCAUCAAGAAGCUGAGCCAGAACGAUGGUGGUUACUUUGUCUUCAUCGAAGGUGGACUAAUCGACUAUGGCAAUCACUACACACAGGCCGGCUAUGCCCUAGACGAGGCCCUGGAAUUCGAAAAGGCCAUUGGACUGGCUCGUAAUUUAACCGACAUUGAGGAUACCUUGAUUGUGGUUACCUCGGAUCACGGUCAUGCAUUGAGUAUUUCCGGAUAUCCUGGCAGAGGCACCAACAUUCUUGGUCUCAAUCAGCAUGACUCGGAUGUGAAUGGUGUGAAAUAUGCCACUCUCAAUUAUGCUGUCGGUCCCAACCAAUAUCUGGAUGAGAACGGCGAGCGCAUUGAUCUGACCGAUCAAAUUGGCGGCGAUGAUUUCAUUUUCCCCAGUUACAUCACCCAGUCUCAGGGUGUCCACUCUGGUGACGAUGUUGGCAUCUUCGCCUCCGGCCCCCAGGCGCAUCUAUUUGCAGGAGUGAUGCAGCAAUCCACCAUUCCUCAUCUGAUGGCCUAUGCUGCUUGCAUUGGCGAUGGACCCAAAGUAUGCGAUCUAAGCUAAUCUGGGGGGUUUAUGUGGUGUGGGAAAAGUUAAACCAGGGAAAUAAAGAUUGAAUAAGAACAUA